UUGCAAAAAGCGCGGUCGACGACGGGAUCGAUCCGAUGGCUGAUGGCUCAGCAGGGACGUCGGUGGCCAAGUACGUGGGCUACAAGAUCUCCAGAGUUCGCUGGAAGCCUCAGCCGUCGGGCGCCAUUCGUCCCUCCGAUGUCUUCGUCGCGGGGAGCUGGGACGACAAGGUGAAUAGAGUCGCAGUGUGGCGCUAUGACCCAUCUGCGCCACCCUCCCCUCCCUCCUCCCCUUCGGCUCCCUACCCCUCCGAAGAGGGAUUCGUUGAACCGGCCCGUGUGUGUGAGGUGGGAGUGGAGGGAGACGUGAUGGACCUACGGUUUGUGGACGAGGAGAGGAUGGCUGUCGGUCUGUCGUCUGGCUCCGUAGCACUGCUCCACUUUAGAGCUCCACAAAAGACCAUUACACGGUCACGGCAGUGGGACAGAAUCCAUUACAUCACCACCCGCCUCCAGCCACGCCCAGUCACUGCCGUGGCAACCAGUGGACUCACCAUAGCAACGGGAGGAGAGGACGGAAGAAUAAACAUUCUCCAUCCUGAGAACUCAGCCCCCCUAAGGACCAUAGAGAAUGCGGACAAUGCAGUGGUCACAGGUCUGGUGAGUACAAUGAAGACUGAGCUGCUGGCCACCAGUUCCAGUGGGCAGCUGAAACUGUGGGACCUCAGGGCCCCCUCCGUUGAGACCCCCUCCAGAAUCAUGGUCAUCUCUGGAGAUUCCCACCCGCUCCGAUGUCUGGACAGAUGUCCCAACCAGCCUCACCUGGUGGCCGUGGGUAGAUCCAACGGCACAGUCUGUCUGUGGGACCUGCGACAAGACAAACUCCCUGUCUCCAUCCUAUCUGGUCACACCGCUGACAUAUGGGAGAUCCAGUUCCACCGACACCAUCCCAACCACCUCUUCACUUGCUCCCAGGACUGCACUCUCUGGCACUGGGACGCCUCCCCCCCUUCUCCCUCCCUCUCCUCCUCCCUCCUCACCUCCUCUCGUCUCUCCCACCGUCACAACCCUCCCUCCUCACACCGGGCAACAGACCACGCCCCUAACUCCACCCCCUGGCUAUCGGGGCACGUCAAACAGGGCAAAUUCGACGUCACGUACCUUCUUCACGAUAAACUUCCUGUCAACUCUUUUGACGUGGAAUCAAAACACGUGGUUUGCGGUACGGACAGUGAAAUGUUAUUUUUGGUUCCAAACUUGACUUUUAGAUAGCCGUGCAUGACAGCACUACAUAUGUAUGCAAUAUCUUUUAAAUUAUCAUCAUAUUUGGUAUCAUAAACAAUAAUUAAUGACUUCCGCAAAUGAAACAAUUUUCUUAUGGAGAAUUGGAAAAGAUUGCGUCAUAAUUAGGACGGAUUGAGCAAUUUUGAGUCAUAGUUUACAAAACAUCUGAAAUCGUUUGCCAAAUUUCUCGUGUGUCGAGGAAGAAAGGAGCACAUCUUGAGGGAGAGUAGUUCAGUUAGCUAAACCCUCCAUCACCUUGCCUGUGUUGGUAU